AUGGAAUGGGGUGUUACAGUUAUUGUGUUUGUCGAUGAUAUUCUUAUAUAUUGUAAGUCUAAAGAAGAGCAAGCUGAGCAUCUUCAUAUGAUCCUUGAACUUCUGAAGAAAGAAAAGCUGUACGCCAAAUUAUCCAAAUCUGAAUUCUGGUUAAGAGAAGUUCAAUUUCUGGGUCACGUCAUAUCUGAAGCAAAAGUAAAAGUUGAUCCUAUUAAGAUCGAAGCUGUAGAAAAAUGGGAUGCACCAAGAACUCCUUCUGAAGUCCGUAGUUUUCUGGGAUUAGCAGGAUACUACAGGAAGUUUAACCAGGAUUUCUCAAAGAUUGCAGUACCAUUAACGAAGGAAACUAAUGUGGUAGCAGAUGCCUUAAACAGAAAAGAGAAAUGUGGUACGAUCAGGGUAAUGACUAUGAGAAUGAGUCUGUUGCCAUAUCUUUACAAUGAGAUUUCAAAGUGUCAGGAGGAAGCUGUCAAAGAAGAUAACUUCAAAAGUGAACGGAUGGGUAAAUUGAUUACUACCUUGGAAAAGAAUGACAAAGAACUUUAUGUUUUCAAGGUCACUUCUGAGAAGAUUGAGCAAAUCAGAGAAAAGAUCAAAACUGCUCAAGACCGUCAGAAGAGUUAUGCUGACAGAUGUCAUAAGCCAAUUGAAUUCUUUGCGGGAGAUUAUGUGAUGCUGAAAGUCUCGCCAUGGAAAGGAGUAGUCAAAUUCGGUAAGAGAGGUAAGCUCAGUCGAAGGUGUGGAUCUUAUGACCAUAAUCUCUAUGGCCUUGAUCAUCAAAGUCAGUGUUGUGUCUAUAAGCUACAUUGUGGUGGGAGUAUAUAUGAGUCACCUGCAAUCAAUGAGGUGAAUUUGGUUAAUCACAUGUUUUGUAUCAACUUGUCUGUUCCAUAUGCAAAGUUGUUGGUCCUUACGCAUAGGCACAGCAAAAGAGGAAGAAAGAACAGAGGACACUUUAAGGCCUCAAGCAGAGGAAGAGGCGAUGAGAGUAGAGCAAGAAAAGGAGAAACAAAGAAAACGAGAGGAGGCGAAGAAAAAGAAAAUACAAAGGGAGAGGAAGAAAAGGAAGAAGCAGAGAGAGUAGAGCAAGAGAGAUUGGCUGAGCUUGCUCAUGUACGCAGAGAGGAAGAGCGAGCAGAAAAAGCUCGACAGGCAGAGAUCACGCGCCUAAUAGAGGAGGCAAGACUCAAAGAAGAGGAAGAAGAUCAUCAAUCCUCUAGCUCUAAUCAAGAGAAUGACCAAGAGCAUUUUGAUGAUGCUUCUAGGUCCUACACUUCUAGCGAGGAGAGUGAGGAAGAAGAAGAAGAGAGUGAGAGUGAAGGAGAAGAGAUUGAGAGUGAAGAGGAAAAUAGUGAAGAAGAAGAGGGAGGAGAGGAAUUCGUUUCCUCUACACGUGUAGACUCCCCACCUUGUUCAGAGCAAGGAAUAGGUGCACAAGACAUUGAGACUGUCGACGAGUCUCCUAGUCCACUCAUGGAGAGUCCUCUAGCCNUAGACUCCCCACCUUGUUCAGAGCAAGGAAUAGGUGCACAAGACAUUGAGACUGUCGACGAGUCUCCUAGUCCACUCAUGGAGAGUCCUCUAGCCGACUCWGAACYAGCCUUGGAUACUCUUCCUGAUAGACCAGCRGUAGUGAAUUCCCCUCAAGGAGAAUGUGACAUCCGUCACUUUUGA